AUGGCUGUUUUUGCAUCUUUAUCAUACCUUGUUUUGAUAAUCCCCUUUGUCACUUCACUAUCCUUCAAUUUUGAUAGUUUUAGUACCAAUGAUCAGAAUUUAACAUAUGAAGAAGAUGCUUAUGCAGCAAACGGUGUAAUUCAGCUCACCAAAAACCAGCUGGAUAUUGGUUUAAACUUCAGUAUAGGCCGAGCUACAUAUUCUAAAGAACUCUAUCUUUGGGACAAUGCCUCUGGGAAUGUCACAGAUUUCUCUACGCAUUUCUCCUUUGGAAUCAAUUCUCUGGGUAGAAACUUAUAUGCUGAUGGUCUUACCUUUUUCCUCGCCCCUGCAGGUUCAGUAAUUCCUGAUAAACACUUUGCCGCAGGAGAGGGACUUGGCCUUGCACACUACUAA